GGUAUCGCCACUAGUUGGCGGUAAAGCGACAUUUUGCAAGCGAGAGAAACGCACGAAGAAAUAAGAAUCAGUUUACACAGCUCCAGUUAUGAGAAGUACCCUACAGAUCAAACAGAAGUCGUAAUCAUGGAUCAAAAGAAGAAACCCUUCGAUGUGACUGCUUCGUCGUUGGUGGACCUUAAAGCUGAACUGUACAGGAAGCAGGAACAAUUCAAACAGGAGAAACUUGGGCAAGAAAAUGCGAGUGCUGGGCUCAAAUCAAAAUCCAAAGUCAAGAAACCGAGUGUGUGGGGCAAACAAAACGCUGGUGUUUCAGCAAGAGCUGAAAAGGAUGCGGAGCAGCUGGCCGAGGAGCAGAUCAGUCUUGAUACAUCAAGACGCAAGUUGGAGGAGAAGGCCAAACUCUAUGAGCAGAUGGCAAAAGGAGACUUUCCAGAUGAAGAGACAGAGGGACUGUUUCUGGUUGACUUCACACAGAAGAUUAUUGACCAAAAGAGAGAAAUGCUCACACAGAAAGAAAUGGAGAGAGAUGACAAGGAAAGAGGCAGCUCUCCACCUAUACCCGCUCCUCAAAACCCAGAGGAGGAAUGGGUGGAUUAUGUGGACGCUUUGGGCCGAUCUCGAAGAUGCAUGAAGAAAGACCUGCCAGACUUUAAGAAAAUGGACCAAGAUCUUAAAGGAGAAGGAAAAGCCUCAUCUGGGAAGACUUUACUCUCCGAGGACAUGCGCCGGGAGCUACAGAGGCAGGAAUGGGAGAGGGAGGAAGAAGAGGCUAUGAAGAGGCCUGUUGGACCGAUCCACUAUGAGGACAUCAGAGCGCAAGAGGCUCGUGAGCUUGGUGUGGGCUACUUUGCUUUCUCUCAGGAUGAAGAGCAGCGCAGAAAGCAGAGAGAAACUCUGGACAUGCUCAGAGGCCAGACAACAGAGCAGCGCACUAAGAGGGGACGACUGAAGGAGAAGAGGCAGGCAGUGCUGCAGGCCCGGCUGGCCAAAGUGAGGCAGAGGAAGAUGAAGAAGGCCAAGCUGGAUGGCACAGAGGAAGAGGAGAGAGAGGAGGAGAAUGAAGGUGAGGAAGAGCAACGUGAAUCAACUGGACCCCCACUCCCACCAGAGGAUCCCCCAGAGGUCAGCAUAGUGAAGAAGGUGGAAGUGGAGAUCCAGGAGAGGAGGGACACGAAACCAGGAGUUCCUCAUGUCAGAGAAUGGGACAGAGGCAAAGAGUUCAUGUUCAGUGAGUGGAAAACUCGGUGCCGAGAAGAGCGUGAUUCAGAAUUUGCACCUCCCUCUGCAUAUUUUUCUGAUGAGAAGCGACAGAAACCAGUGAAGAUAAAGACUCGGGAGAAUAAAUCCAAAAUGUCCUUCCAGUGGACAAAGGGCCCAGGAGGAAUCUCUGAGGGCAAAGAGGAACCACAAACUACUUCUUUUCCACCUCAAAAAAAUCCUGCACUUCCUCCACAGCCCCAGAAUAUUUCACAGCCACCACCUUCUAACCCCCCUGCUGCUUCAGCCCCUGUGUCUGCUCCUCCUUUUAAUACCCAGUAUCCCCCUCCUCCAUUUUACCCCCCAUUUCCUCCUCCACAUCCUUCUCAGUUUGCAGGUCCACCUCACUUGCCUCCCCACUUUCUCCCACAGUAUUUUAACCAAUAUCCACCCCAGUAUGCACCUCUGAGCCAGUCUCAGCCUCAGCAGCCACCUCAGCCUGCAGACCACAGCCAGGUCCUGCAGCACCCCAAGACUCCUCCUCCUCAGACUCUGGAUGACAUGCUGUCCUUCUACAGGAAGUCAACCUGAGCUCUGAAAUAUCAUGUUUCAUGUGUAGUUGGUUCAUAUUGUGUGAGUGGCUCAGCUCUUGGACUAUAAUAUUAAAUAAAUAUCAGGUAUUUAUCUGGA